GGGCUGUGUUCCAGACCCUGUGCUGCCCAGGGUCAGGUGGGGGACACCUACACUAUCACAGGCAAAUCUGCAGGAUACUAUAGGAAGGCAGGUGAGAAAGUGAUUGAUUCUGUCUGGUGGUGACCAGGCAGGCUUCCUGGAGGAGGUGACAUUUUACCUUCCUUAAAGCAACCAGCAGGCGUUGGCCAGGCAGAUAAGGUGGAGCCUGGUGUUCCAGCUGCUGGGCCUCAGAUGAGAGGAGGAGGGAGCUACAGGGGAUGUAGUGUGUCUGGUGAGGUAUGGGGGCAGGUUCUGGAGGGCACUGGAUACUGACUUGGGAGAGUUGUGAUCAGCUCUGACUUCCAGAACUACCUGCUUGGUGACCUUAUCCAAGCUCAGGCCUGGCAGCCCCACCCUCACUCCUAGCCUUCCUCCGCUGCCUGCCACCCUCCCCCACUGGUGCCCAUAUCCCAGGACAAUGCCCGCCCGACACCCUGUCACUGCACCCCGGUCCCAAAGGAGGCCAAGCUGGAGAACUUUCCGUGCAGGGGCCCCAGGCUGUGAGCACCAAGGGAGCUGCCUGCUUGACCUGGAGCCAUCUGUCCAUCUUUCCAUCUGUCUCUGCAUCCAUUGUCCUCUCUGCAGAGGCGAGGCUUGACCCCAGAGCAUCUGUACAGAGUGAGGCAAGGACUAGAACAUGCUCUAAAGACCUCUGCAACCAGACCCAGGAAGCCUCAAGCUGAGCCCAAACUCUGAAGCCCCGCUGCCCCCCUGCCCACCAUGGCAUCUGCUGACAAGAAUGGCGAGAGCAUCUCCUCUGUGUCUAGCAGCCGCCUGCAGAGCCGGAAGCCGCCCAACCUGUCCAUCACCAUCCCACCGCCUGAGACCCCGACCCCUAGCGAGCAGACCAGCAUGCUGCCCCAGAGGCCCAGGAAUCCUGCCUACUUGAAGAGUGUCAGCCUCCAGGAGCCACGAGGACGAUGGCAGGAGGGCAGCUCGGAGAAGCGCCCUGGCUUCCGCCGCCAGGCCUCCCUGUCCCAGAGCAUCCGCAAGGGCACGGCCCAGUGGUUUGGGGUCAGCGGCGACUGGGAGGUGAAGCGGCAGCACUGGCAACGCCGGAGCCUGCACCACUGCAGCGUGCGCUACGGCCGCCUCAAGGCCUCGUGCCAGAGGGACCUGGAGCUCCCCAGCCAGGAGGUGCCUUCCUUCCAGGGCACUGAGUCUCCAAAACCCUGCAAGAUGCCCAAGAUUGUGGAUCCACUGGCCCGAGGACGGGCAUUCCGCCACCCAGACGAGGUGGACCGGCCCCAUGCCCCACACCCACCAUUAACCCCUGGGGUCCUGUCCCUCACCUCCUUCACCAGCGUUCGCUCUGGCUAUUCCCACCUGCCCCGCCGCAAGAGGAUGUCUGUGGCCCACAUGAGCUUUCAAGCUGCUGCCGCCUUCCUCAAGGGGCGCUCGGUGCUAGAUGCCACGGGACAACGGUGCCGGGUGGUCAAAUGCAGCUUUGCUUACCCCAGCUCCCUGGAGGAGGAUGUGGUCGAUGGGGCAGACACGUUUGACUCUUCGUUUUUUAGUAAGGAAGAAAUGAGCUCCAUGCCCGAUGAUGUGUUUGAGUCUCCCCCACUCUCUGCCAGCUACUUCCGGGCGAUCCCACGCUCAGCCUCCCCGCUCUCCCCUGAUGGGUUGCAGAUCCCUCUGAAGGAGCACGGUCCAGCCCCGGGCCCCGCGGCCAGGCGCGGCAAGCGCAUCGCCUCCAAGGUGAAGCACUUUGCCUUCGACCGGAAGAAGCGGCACUACGGCCUGGGCGUGGUGGGCAACUGGCUGAACCGCAGCUACCGUCGCAGCAUCAGCAGCACCGUGCAGCGGCAGCUGGAGAGCUUCGACAGCCACCGGCCCUACUUCACCUACUGGCUGACUUUUGUCCACAUCAUCAUCACGCUGCUGGUGAUUUGCACGUAUGGCAUCGCGCCCGUGGGUUUUGCCCAGCACGUCACCACUCAGCUGGUGCUCAGGAACAAAGGUGUGUAUGAGAGCGUGAAGUACAUCCAGCAGGAGAACUUCUGGAUCGGCCCCAGCUCGAUUGACUUGAUCCACCUGGGAGCCAAGUUCUCGCCCUGCAUCCGGAAGGACAGGCAGAUUGAGCAGCUGGUGCUGCGGGAGCGAGAUCUGGAGCGGGACUCAGGCUGCUGCGUCCAGAAUGACCACUCAGGCUGCAUCCAGACCCAGCGGAAGGACUGCUCGGAGACUUUGGCUACUUUUGUCAAGUGGCAGGACGAUACAGGGCCCCCCAUGGACAAGUCUGAUCUGGGCCAGAAGCGGACGUCAGGGGCUGUGUGCCACCAGGACCCCAGAACCUGUGAGGAGCCGGCCUCCAGCGGUGCCCACAUCUGGCCCGAUGAUAUCACCAAGUGGCCAAUCUGCACGGAGCAGUCCAGGAGUAACCGCACAGGCUUCCUGCACAUAGACUGCCAGAUCAGAGGCCGCCCCUGCUGCAUCGGCACCAAGGGCAGCUGUGAGAUCACCACUCGGGAAUACUGUGAGUUCAUGCACGGCUAUUUCCACGAAGAGGCUACGCUCUGCUCCCAGGUGCACUGCUUGGAUGAGGUGUGUGGGCUGCUGCCCUUCCUCAACCCUGAGGUCCCAGAUCAGUUCUACAGGCUCUGGCUGUCUCUGUUCCUCCAUGCUGGCGUGGUGCACUGCCUUGUGUCUGUGGUCUUCCAAAUGACCAUCCUGCGGGACCUGGAGAAGCUGGCCGGCUGGCACCGCAUUGCCAUCAUCUUCAUCCUCAGCGGCAUCACUGGCAAUCUCGCCAGUGCCAUCUUCCUCCCGUACCGGGCAGAGGUGGGCCCAGCCGGCUCGCAGUUCGGCCUCCUCGCCUGCCUCUUCGUGGAGCUCUUCCAGAGCUGGCAGCUGCUGGAGCGGCCCUGGAAGGCCUUCCUGAACCUGUCGGCCAUCGUGCUCUUCCUGUUCAUCUGCGGCCUCCUGCCCUGGAUCGACAACAUUGCCCACAUCUUCGGCUUCCUCAGCGGCCUGCUGCUUGCCUUCGCCUUUCUGCCCUACAUCACCUUCGGCACCAGCGACAAGUACCGCAAGCGCGCCCUCAUCCUGGUGUCGCUGCUGGUCUUUGCUGGCCUCUUCGCCUCACUCGUCAUCUGGCUGUAUGUCUACCCCAUCAACUGGCCCUGGAUCGAGUACCUCACCUGCUUCCCCUUCACCAGCCGCUUCUGUGAGAAGUACGAGCUGGACCAGGUGCUGCAUUGACCGCCUGCCCGGCAGGGCCGGGCCGCGGCUGCUGCCCACAGAGUGCCACUGACACAGGGACUGUGCCUGGGACGGGCUGCUGUCUGCAGAGCACCCCACCCCACACUCUCGAGACCCACCGCUGGGGGCCCAGGUGCUCCCUGACUCCAUGGGAGACAGUCACGCAGGCGGGUUCCCUGGGGGAGUGAGGACCCUUCCUCAGGUCUGUGUGUCCGUGGCCCAGGCUGGGGGACACUCCGAGCACAUGCUUCUCUGCAGCUCGGGGCCCAGGCCCUGACUUCCUGCCCUUUCCCCUGGCUCCCCUGCAGUUGGGACCACCUCCUGGGAGUGGGCAUCUUUCUUCUCAGGGUCCUCAGGCUGCUGGCAGUCUCCCACCUCAGCUUCCACUGGUGCCUUCCCCUUCACCACGACUGAGCCCUUCCAGGGACCCCACCAGGUUCCCAGCCUGCCUCACCAUGGCCCCCUUCCUGUUUCUCCUCCUCUCUCUGCCCUACGAGCCCUACAUUCAUCGGUAGCUAGUGAGCCUGCCUGUAAGGCUCCCAGACUGGACAUUGUGGGAGAGGCUUUGGCCUGGUCUGGGGCAGUGAAGGAGCAGGGAGACACAGGGAGACCAGGAAGCCAGGAGCCUUCCCUUCUCUCUAGCGGGGGCUCUGCCUCUCGAGCUCCUCCCGGCCCUCACUUCAUGUCAGUGUUCGGCCUCACGGGGCUGGUUCUGAUGGCAGCCAGCCCCGCCACCCUCUGCCUCACUCCUGCCUGGACACCCUGAGGACCCACUCCCAGGGGCUGCCCAAGGCUCAAUCAGACCCUUUUUUUUUUUUUUUUUUUUUUACCAGUUUAUAUUAUGAUCCUAAUUUUUAAAGUAACGCUAACUUUGUAUGGAUGAUGUCUCAAAUGUAUUAAAUGAUAUUCUUUAUGGAAGUAUUG